AUGAUGCUGGCCCUGAAUGUCCAUCUGCUCUUGUGGGUAUUUGGCUGCGUUCAUUUUAUAGAUGCUGAGACCAUAACUGCAUCUCUCACUAGAGGAGGCCCAGCAGAUACUACAGCCACGCCACGAAUCACAGCCAGCGUCACAGCAGGUAUCGUUUCCUCACCAUCGCCAGUCCCUGCAGGCCAGAACCACAGCUCAGGCGCUUCGAAACAAGUGACCUCUACAACCAUCGCCUCUGCCUGGAGCACAGGAUCUUCCCUCUCAGACCCUGCCCCGACGGAGGAAAAAUCGGCUCUGACGAUGGCAGCGUUUGGUGUCAUCAGCUUCAUAGUCAUUCUGGUAGUUGUUGUUAUCGUCCUGGCCAGCGUGGUCAGUCUGAAAUUCAAGUGUAACCGUUCCAAAGAUGCAGAAGAUAAACAGAAGCCGGGGAGCUCCGUGGUAUCUGAAAGCAGUUGCUCUCCUGCUACAGCCAAGGACAGCAUCACUUUGAUCUCCAUGAAGAACUUAAGCAUGAACAACAGUACAAGUUACCCCUCUUCGGAAAAGGUUUCUCUUUCUAGCCUUGCAUUUUAG